UUACGGGGGAAAGUAUUCUGCCUCAGGGCUCAGACAGUCCCAGAGAUCAGGGUCAGGUUUCGGCCCGAUCAAGAUCGAAUCGGGAGCAUGAUCGAACUCCACCUUUCGUUCCGCCCUUAUCCGAAGACAAAAAGUAAAAUCCUUUCUGCUUUGGGUAGGGUAUAAAAGCAGGCAUCAGUUCAGGGCUGAUCAUUCAGUUCUGAACAUCAGGAAUCAUUCCACAACCAUGAAAGUGAUCGCAAUCCUCGCUUUGUUGGUGGUUGUCGCAGUGGCCGAAGAGAUGAUGGCUGCAGAGUCCUACCCAGUGGCCACUUACCAUCAGGGUCCAGCAGUCGCUGCCUCAUCUGCCGGUCACGCCUACGGAGCUCACGGUGCCCACAGCCGAGGAUACGGAGCCCACGGAGCCUCUCACUAUGGCGACCACGGACGCUACGCCGACAGGGCCCAUGCCGCCCACGGCCACCACAACAUCGGAGGUCACCGAGCCUACGACGCCCACGGAGCUCAGGGUUCCAACUAUGGAAGAUACAGGAACGUCGGAGCUUACGCUCAAGAUAAGGGGACCGGCUACGAGAAAGCUUACGCUUACGACAAGAAGGCCGGCCACCACGCCAUCACCGCUGACCACGGAGCCCAGGCCUCCAACUACGGAGUUCGAGACAGGAGUGCCCACCACAACUUAGGGGCUUACGCUCGUGCCGGACACGACCGUUACGGAGGUCACAGCAGAUAUGGUGGUCAAGCUCAUGGAGUUCGUGCUCAUGACAACUCAGCUUAUGGCCGAUACGGUUCCGCCCACACCCAAAUGUACCAUCAAGCCCCAGCGGUCAGUCACACCACCUACCAAGCUCCAGCACAUCAUGGAUACUCUCGAUAUUAGAUUUAUAUCAAAUAAUUAGUUUCCAUCCCAUCCACCAGGCUUCGUGACGCACACAGGAACCAAUGAACAUCGUUUGCAGAAGUUUAUUUAUUGAAAGCAUUUGUGUUUGUCCAAAAAUAAAGUGUUUUGAAAAAUG